AAUGACAUUGGUGUAUGGCCUUUUCUGUACAAGGACUUUCCUUUAUUAUUUCCUGCGAUUCUCUUCACCUGCCUUAGGUACAUUUCGCCUAGUCUGCUCACCUUCAAAUUUUUCGCGGCUGGCUCCAAUCUCCCAGGUAACCCUCAGUUUACCGCAAUCGCGUUCUCACCUAGAUUUCUUUGAACAGGACUACCGUCGUAGGUGCCCGGCAUGUCCUUUUUGAGGAUGUCAUCUUACAUAAGCUUUGGUGUUGCAACACUGGAGUCGACCAAUUCAUACUGUUUUACUGUCGACAGCAAUGGCUGCAGAGUCCUGCCCUGAUCAAAUCAAUCUCAGCAGCAUUAACGCCCUCAAGGAUUAUCCGGCAGCAAUGGACCCCCUGCGGAUAGGGUGGACUUAUAUCGUCGAAUUACCGCCCCACCCUGCGCCCCCUGACGGUCCUUACCGUCCGCUGCCACAGUAUGCGCAUAAUGGCGGCACAUACAAGCUCAUCCUAGUGGAUGCUCCACUCCCGUUCCAGCACGAUGAUCAGUAUUCCCAAGUUUGGAUCGCGGACGUCCAUACCUUGGGUAUGUGUAAAAAGAAGCUCGGCAAAGUCAUCAUGAAGAUCAUUCAGCCCUCCCUUCUUCCCCUUCCCGACCUCGACUGGUAUCUGGAGGUGUACGACUAUGUCAGACCAUGGACUCUCUGGCGCACUGAGGACGCGGCUUAUCGGGAACUAGAGCCGCUACAGGGAAAAACAGUUCCAUAUUACUUCAGGAAACACAAGAUCACGAUGCCGUCAGGAGAAGAUGCUCAGGUACUGAUAAUGGAAUAUGUCGAAGGCAAGACACUCGACCAGUGGCUCGAGGACCGACCAGCCCAUAAUACCCCCGAAGAUUUGGGAGAGGACAACGAGGCAUAUGUAGAGCAGAUGAAACGGAUGUUCAAGAAAGUCCUACUCGGCGUGCACGCCAUCAACAAGCUAGGCGUCGGACACAGCGAUAUGCGUCCAGGAAACAUCAUCAUCACCCCCUCUGAAGAACCAGUGGUGUUCGAUUUCACUAAGGCGAGCUGCAAAGUCGACCCAGAUCAAGUACGAGAGUGCUUCGACAAUCCUAUUAUGGCCACUGCACCUCUUCGGGAUUGUUGUACCCAGCACGAUGACGAGAUCGCCGAUUGGAUUGAGGACGAGUUUGGAGAAGCCUAACUCGUGGGUCCGAUACUGAUCGAGCAUCGGUUUUUUUGCAUUUUGUUUUUCGCUUGCCAGUAAGAGUAGACACUGAUUCCCUCAG